AGAACACUGACAAAUCAUCUGUGUUUUUGUUGUUGUGAUUUUUUAGUCCUGUGAAUCGAGAAUCUAACAAAUCUGAGCAAAAUUGAGUUGUUUUCUCGUAUUCUUCAAUAAAAACCUCAACUCUAAAACUUCAAAAACGUCUUCUCCAAAUAAUAAAAAACUCUUCAAGCCCAAAUCAACAUAAAUUCGACAAAAACAAACAAAUUGUUGACGUGUUUAUCGGUACUAAACGUCAAAUAAAUGGUCAUAUGAGCCACGUUGGAGGUUGUAAACUGCAUAACUUCCCUUUAUUAAAUAAUUUCAAUAAAUGAGGCUUUAAAUUUUAAAUUAAAGGAAAAGUUCCCCAUAGCAAAACCAUGAAAGUCAAAGAUAUAGAAAGAACAGCUAAUGUAGCUUGGUCCCCCAAGAACCAGCAUCCUAUUUAUAUUGCUGCAGGUACUGCUGCUUCUCAAUUGGAUGCUUCCUUUAGUACUAAUGCUGCUCUGGAAAUCUAUUCACUCAAUAUCAGCGAACCUGGCCCGGAUACCCAACUAGCAUCAUCUGUGUCCAGCGAGCAUAGAUUUCACAAGCUGAUUUGGGGUCCCGCUGGUGGUGACUCUUUAGGAACCAUUAUUGGAGGUUGCGACGAUGGGCUUCUUCAAAUUUACAGCGCUUCCAAGCUUCUCAAAAACGAAAACGCUUUGGUUGGUAAACAACAGAAACACUCCGGACCAGUGCACGCUUUGGAUUUUAAUAGUUUUCAACAGAAUUUAUUUGCUACUGGCGCUGGAGAAUCUGAAAUUUUUAUUUGGGACUUGAAUAACACCAAUACUCCAAUGUCACCAGGUUCUAAAUCCCAGCCCUUGGAAGACGUCCUCUCAGUAGCCUGGAACAAACAAGUCCAGCACAUCUUAGCGUCAUCCUUUGCGUCAAAAUGCGUAAUUUGGGACUUAAGAAAAAACGAACCAAUCAUCAAAUUAACAGACACAGUGUCGAGAAUCAGAUGGAAAAUGGUCGCGUGGCACCCUGAGGUUGCCACUCAAUUGUGCCUGGCUUCAGAAGAGGACCAUUCCCCAGUGAUUCAAUUGUGGGAUCUCAGAUUCGCCACUUCACCAUUGAAAACUCUUGAAAAUCAUCAGAGAGGAGUUUUGGCAGUUUCUUGGUGCGAGCACGAUUCAGAUUUGCUUGUCAGCUGUGGAAAAGACGAUAGGAUUUUGUGUUGGAACCCAAAUUCUAAUCAGACUAAUGGAGAAGUUUUAUCAGAAAUUUGUAAAACCAACCAAUGGAGUUUUGAUGUAGUUUGGUCUCCAAAAAACCCUGUUUUAAUAGCUUGCCCCAACUAUGAUGGACACGUUUCAGUGUAUUCUAUAAUGGGUGGCAAAACUCAGCAAAUACAAACUUCAAAUAAAAUUGCCGAUAGUUUCCCAGGCAUGGAUGGUUUUGCGCAGGCUCCCACUCAACAACAAAGCCGUGCCACUGUUAGUGUGGAUCCCACUAAACCACCAAAAUGGUUGAGGAAACCUGCUGGAGCCAGAUUUGGGUUUGGUGGCAAGUUGAUUUCCUUUGAAAAUGACAAAGAAGCGUUUGCUCAAGCUCAGCAAAACGUCCAACCAGGACAAGCUCCGCCCUAUGUGAGCAGGACAGUACAAAUUAGUCAAGUAAUCACAGAGUCUGAGUUUGUUAAAAAAUCAAGUGAACUUGAACAGGCUUUGGAGCAUGGCAAUUUUAUUGAUUAUUGUCUAAAUAAAUCAGACUCCACAAAUAAUCAACAUAAGAAGUUCAUAUGGCACUUUCUCAAAGCGAAUUUUGAAGCUAAUCCCAGAGCUGAGUUAUUGAAUUUAUUAGGGUAUAGAAUAGAAGAUAUUAACAAUAAACUUGCCCAACACAUAGGAACACCUUUAUUGCAAAAUAAAAUUGAUGGUCUUACAAAUGACUUUGCUAGCAAUAGAAUAGAAGACUAUGACCCUUUCAAUGAUAUUUCCCAGCAAAAUGGAGUUGGCAAACCUAUGACCCCUUUUAAAAUAAAAACCAAUGAUGAUACUGAAGGUUUAAUCACUCAAGCCUUAUUAUUAAACAACGUUGAAGCUGCAGUGGAACUUUGCUUGAAAGCUGAAAGAUACGCGGAUGCUUUAAUUAUUGCUACAACAGGAGGUCCAGAUCUUCAAAUAAAAACCCAAGAGCAAUAUUUAAAAAAAUCCGAAGGUUACGUUUCAAACUUGAUUUCGGCAAUGAUUUCUGAAGAUUGGGGCUCUAUAAUCAAUAACUGUGAUAUUUCUAGCUGGAAAGAGGCCUUAGCCGCAGCUCUGACACAUGCUUCUGAAGAAGACUUGCCGAUUUUAUGUGAGCAGCUUGGAUGUAGAUUGGAAUCUGAAAGUGAUAUUAACCCAAAAUUCUCUGAAGAUGCUCAGCUUUGUUAUAUUUGUUCAGGCAAUUUUGAUAGACUAGUAACAAGUUGGAGCGAUAAGGCCUCAAUGUCAACAAAAGACUUACAAGAACUAGUUGAAUUGGUUUCAUUUUUGCAAAAAUCUAUUGAAAGGCAAGGCAAAAGAGUACAGAUUUCUGGUGCUUUGGCCGAUCUUCUUUCUCGCUAUGCUUCCUUGUUAGCAGCUCAAGGUAAUUUGGAAACGGCUCUGUCCUAUUUGGGAUCAUCACAAAACGAAAAAGUUGCCUCAUUAAGAGAUAGAUUGUUGACAGCUUUAGGACAAAAACCAUUAAAUGUUCAGGAAAUUCGCCAACAACAGAGUAACAGAAGACGAAGUACUAGAACUUCUUUAGGAUAUGAUAGCAGUACACCUUUUGCUGCUACAAACCCAUUUACACAACAAAAUCAAUACCAUCCUCAACCGACAGCUCCUGUCACUGCCCAACCACCAUCAGCCAUGUUCACUAGCAAUUUUAAUACAAAUCUACCAAAUGCUCCAGUAACCAAUCAACCGUGGCAAACACAAGCUGUAGCCGCAACUACAGCCCCUGUAACGAGUCCAGCGUGGCAAGCUCCACCAAAAGUAUUUUCGCCUGCACCUCAGCCUUUGCAACCACCUCCUCGUCCAGACAGUGUUGGUUCAGGGCGAGGUGCGUCAGCAUUGUCACGUAAACACGUCAGAGAUCCUUCUGUGACUAAUAAUCAAUAUCCUCCUGUACAAAAUCCUUAUGCUCCUCAAGCUACAUUCGAUAACAGUUACAAUAGUUCUGCGCCAUAUGGACAAGGGCCACCACAAAUGUUCCAGCCUGCACCCUUAAUACCAGCAGUUCAGCAACCUCCCAUAGAACAAGCAGAGCCUGCCAUAAAUUACCAAGCUCAAGCGGCUCCUGGGUGGAACGAUCCGCCUGCAAUAAGUAGCAGGCCUACCAGACAACAACAGCCUAAACUAGAACCACCAGCUGCUGAACCUAUAACGCACCCAAUAUUCGGUCAAGCGCAACCAGCAACCAAUGGUUAUGGCUACGAUGCUCCCGCUCCAUUUCAACCACCACCCACUCAACCCUAUGGCAAUUUUAAUACACCAUUUGCACCUCAAAAUGUACCUUAUGCCCCUCCAGACAAUUACUAUGGUGGUCAGAGUGCUCCAUAUGGUAAUCAGAACAGUGCUUAUGCUCCAAAUAGUGCUCCACCGCCUAGUGGAGGGUUUAAUCCCAGCAAUUUCAAUCAGAAUGCUGUUGGUAGCGUGGGAGCUCCUGCUCAAGCUCAGCCAUCAAAACCAGAAAUGCCGCAACCUGUUCAAAAGCCACCUUUGCCUAGCGAACAUGAGAUUAUUCAAAGAGUUUUCGAGGAUUUGAAGGAGAGAUGCAGUUGUAGUGCUAAUAAUCCGCAAACAAAACGUAAACUAGAAGAUGUUGGCCGCAGAUUGGAGACACUAUAUGACAUUCUUAGAUAUGAUAAGCUAUCAUCCAAUGCUUUAUCAUCUCUGCAUCAGAUAGUUCAAUUUGUACAAGGAGGAGAUUACACCAGCGGGCUGCAUUUGCACACCCAAUUAGUACAGGGACCUGAUUUUGCCCAAAUAGCUAGUUUUAUGCCCGGCAUUAAAGUUCUGAUACAGCUGGCCUUGCAAUUACAAGUCUAUUUAAGCUAAAAUAGUAUUAUUUUUAGUUGCGAGAUCUUAUAAUUUUUAGCCAAAAAACAAGUUUAAAUCAUAAACAAUUUAUUUUUUCUUGUUGCUUAUAAUAACUGUUAAAAACUAAAUAUAGCUAACAAAAAUACAUGCAUAAUUCAUACCUAUGUACUUCUAUUAUACCUAAGCCUUAAUAAUAAUUAUUGUCCUAGUUAUGUUUGUUUGUACUAAUUAAAAACAAUAUAUUUUAACUGAAAUUGGUGUUAUAUUAAAAGUUUUUUUUUUUGUUAUUUUUUAUGGUUUAGUUUAUUUUAAGAUGUCUUUUUUUCUUAAUAAAGAAUUAGCUUUUUAUUGUUUUAUUUAUCAGUAAUCUUGUUAUCAUUUACUUUAUUCCUUUUAUACAUCGAGUUACACCGAACGAGCUCCUCGGAGUCACUUAAAAACACAGAAUUCAGAUUUUUCCAUUAUUUUUUGAUAUUAACAUUACCGUCAUUUGAAAAGAACGUUCAAGCUUUUAACAUUGAGCAGCUCCGAGUAACUCGACGGGUAAAAGAAAUACAGUAAUUGAUGGCCUAUAUUUGCCUCGAAUGAUAGAACUUAAAUUGAAUCCAAUCCAUUUUCUCAAAUCUAUGAAGUAGUUGGUAGGCAACAGUUCGAUGUUUGUAUUAAUUAUAACUAUUUGUUCUAAGUUGUAGGUCUCUAAUUUCUAUUAUAUCCGUUUUGAGUCUCAAUUUCAAAAUCUCCCUCCAAAUACCUUCUCUGUGAACUGCAUCAGUAAUGCCCAAUCUGAAAAAGUUAAAAAGAAAUUUAUAUAGAAUAUAAUGAAGUGAAUUUGAAGCCUGUUAAAGGCAUAUGGAAUGAGGCUUCUAAGUUAAAUUUUUGAGAGAAAUUUUAUGGUUUUUGGAGGAUUAAACUUUAUAAAUCUCUACUACGAAUUAACUCCCAGCAUGUUUUUAAUUUUGGAAGUUUCAAGACGCUGGGACGGAUGGUGUGUUCAAGUCAGGCAACCAAGAGCAGAUAAUGAUGAAAAGUUGGACAAUAAGGCUUUUGAUUGCCUUUAGGAAACCAGUCAAGAGCCAAGAAUUAUCGCAAAUUCAAACUCUUACCAGUUCUUGAUCACCUUUAUAAAAAUUAUUCAACGAAUCAAGAGCCAGGAAAAAUUAUUAUUUGAACUAUCAGGCUCUUAUAGUUUGUUGAAAAAUUUUUCUAUAGGCGAUCAGGAGACGGUAAUUAUCAAAUUUUAUACCUUCGUACCAAAUCUUGAUAGCUUCUAGAAAUAUUCUCUAUCAAAUCUAGAGUUAAGAAAUAACCAAAAUUUAAUUUAUAUUCGGCUCUUGGUUCAAGCCAGGCAAUCAGGUGAUGAAAAAAUGGACAAUUAGAGGCUCUUUAUUUAUUUACCUAUUUAUUUAUUUAUUUUUUGGUGGCGAUACAAGUUAAUGUUUACACACGUCAAAAAAAAAGUAAUGAUAAUAAAACAUUGCAUAGGAAUAACUAUAAUAAUAAUAAAGUUUAUUUACUAAGUUUACAAUAGCAAGUUUACAGUGGAAAAAACUUACAUCUAGCAAAUAAACAAUAAUCACAGAAGCAGAAAUUAAUCUGCUUGUACGUGAUGUAGCUAUCUAUUAUCUAUAUUACUUACUUAAACUAUACUUACUAAACUAAAAGGAACAAUAAAUAACAUGAAUAAUAA